AUGCUGCGACGAAAACCAACCCGCCUGGAGCUGAAACUUGAUGAUAUUGAGGAAUUUGAGAGCAUUCGAAAGGACCUGGAGACCCGUAAGAAACAAAAGGAAGAUGUGGACAUUGUAGGAGGCAGUGAUGGAGAAGGUGCCAUUGGACUCAGCAGUGAUCCCAAGAGCCGGGAACAAAUGAUUAAUGAUCGAAUUGGUUAUAAACCCCAACCAAAGCCCAACAGUCGUUCAUCUCAAUUUGGAAAUUUUGAGUUUUAG